AUGGCGAAUAAACUCGUGGAAAUCCAGCCUUCAGAGCUCAGGUUCAUCUGUAAGUUUUCUUUUGCCAAUAGAUCAUUAAGCAUCGCCACAGCCGUUGCUUCUUUUGUUUAGCUUUCAUUUCUGGUUUAGGUCAUGAGUUGUUGCCCUCUUGCUUUGUAUCGUUUUACUUUAAAAGUAUUCGGAUUGAUUUAGGUGCAUUCUGAACUGGAAUCUGAUUACUUGGGAUCGCGACAAGAAAGUGUUCAGCAUUCACGGAUCAUUGCUAUCUUGCUAUUACUAAUUUGUUCCACAUUGACCUUAUCACAUAUUUGAGGACCAUAGAGUGACCCUACAUGAUAAGCGUCACCUUGGAGUCUUUCUUAUGCCUGUAGCAUGCUAUUCGUUCUAUUAGCGGUCUUGAGAGCGAGGGGCGUUGUAAUUGGAAGUCGGAAGAUCUGUGAUCCAUGAUAAAUUUGAUUCUCAUCUUCUGUGUACGUAAAUAUGUGAUGUAGAAAACGUUAAGAUGACAACAUUUUCGGUUAUGGACCUCUGGACAGACCAUGGAGGAAGCCGAUCUCAUGUUGUUGGUGCUGAGAGGGCUAGAAGAGGACACCGCAUGUUGUUGAUCUUAAUCAGAGAGGGAAACAUGAGAGGCACCGCACCCUAAGUGCUACGAGAGAGUAGAGAUUUAAGGUCUUAUCCCUGUACUUGAGUGAUUCCGUUUGAAUGGACUCAUAUACAUAGGUUCUGUCUUUGUACCUGAUAAUAAAGCACAAUGCUGACUAUAUUUCUUGGCCAGAAUCCUGAUAUUUAGAUAUUAAGACUACAGAAUUUAGGCGAGGCGUGGGCAUCCACAUCUGCCACUGCAGCGAUUGGAUCUUUCCUACUGACAGCAUUCUAAUCAACCUCUAGAUAUUGGGUUUGUCCAACUCCAAAUACUGGCGAUCGUUCUGUCUCAAUCCCAACAUAAUGUCUUUUUUUUGUUAAGAGGAGUGCGCCGCAAUGUCUUAUUUAUCUUCGUACGUGAUAAUAAAGCCCAAUGUCGUUUUUUCGUUAAGCAUCAUAAAUAAACACAGGACGUGCAUGUACACAUGCAAUCUGCUGUAAAAGCACACCCCUCCCAUUCAAGAGACAAAAUCUUCGCCAUUAUUGUGCAGGUUCAUCUGUAAUUCAGAACUCUGAAAAUUGUAUAUUUUUCGUUUCUCAUUACAUCGAAAUGCUCUUUCUUUCAACCUUGUUGAGAUGAAAAGAGAAACUAACCUAAAGACUCUACACCUAAAUUUAUGAUUAUUUUGUUACUCCUAGUCAACAAAGGGGCAAGUGAACACUAUCAAGGCAUCGAUAUGGUGUUCAAACAUUGGUUACCAGGGAGGCAGAAACAUUUUUUAGCUCCAGAAAAUGCUCUUUCUUUUCAUCUUCAUAGUUAUUUCAAAUUCAUAGUACGCUAUAAAUGCUAGUUAUUUACUCAUCUAUUCCGAUUUUGCCAUUUUAAUUAUAGUAUGUCGUUGUGAUUGUUAUGGGACAGUGGAAAAUUGGGCGUCUGAGUCCAUUUAAGUAGGAAAGGGAGCCUUCUCUAUAAAACCAACGGGCUGCUACAUUAUUGGAUUAUGGUUGCUUCGUUUUAUCUACGUACAUCUGAGAUAUUCUACUGUGUUUCAGAGCUUUGGUGGAAUUACAUGGCACAAUGCCAUGGAUCGUUCUGAAAAAUUAAUUCUCAAAAGUUUCAUGUGCAUAGAUAUUUACUUGUGAUUUUAGUAUUCGUUCCACGACCCUUCUAGAAGAUUUCAGGUUUAAAGAAACUGUCGCAAAUUUUGUACUCUAUUGUAUUCGGACAUCUCUGGAUUCUUAUAAAUGGGACCGGUGCUUUUGUUGAUUUCUUAAAACCUCGGUGAAACCAUGUAGGUUACAUUUGUGCCUUUUUUUCUGGAUCUCGCUGCGUGUGCCAUGGAUGCACAAUCUGUUGACUCUUGUUGGACGUUUCAAUCGAUGCAUAGAGAGAGGAAACGUUGGAAGAGGAAUGAGUGAAUGUGCAUAAACCGGAAGAUUUUGCUCUUAAGGCCAUUGCCUUUAAUGAGACAAAUGCAUCAUAUGCGGUGCACCCCGAGAUAGAGCUGUCUUUUUUACCUAUGCUGUACACGCUUAGCAGAAAAAGUGGAGUCAGUUAGAGACAUUGCUAUAGAAUCUAGAAUUCCAUGACAAGCAUGGGAUUGGCACUUUAUCACUUGUAGCAUACUCUAUUAGAGGGAAUGGAAGAGAGAGAAAAGGUUUACGGAAAGACUUAUUCUUCAACCACACAUCCACUUCCUCCUUAUUUUCAUUUUUUUAUUUAAUAUAAUUAUGAAACGUAUGUGAAGUGCAUACUUCUCCCUGUUACGAGUAAUUGGCCAAAGAUAGACAGGACGCUAUAAGAAAGACGAUGGGAAUAGGAAUGCUGAACUACUGCUCUAAGACUUGUAGCUGAAAAUACAACCACUCAAACCAUCAGCCAGUCUAAUACGGCCUAAAGCCUUAAACCGAACUGAUUUCGUGUCAAUCACUUUGUGAAAAUAUUAGUCACCUAAUGUCUUGAUUCAACAGAUGAGUAUUUGUUCAGGCGUACGAUUAAUGUUGCAUCUGUACCUUUAGGGAAGUUCUUGUUCCUGUGGGACAUGUUUAGACUUUCAGGGAUAUUUCUGUUACGCGUGGUCAUUAAUGGAAGACAAUUGUUGUGUUUUUGGUUGAAAGAUAUACGCACACGUAUCCAUUUCUUAUGCAUAGCCGUUACUUGGCUUUUUUCCUAGUUCAAUAAUUCUACCUUUGUAUUCCAAGAAGUACUCUUGUGAAUGUCAAUUCUAGAAAACAUAUUAUCGGUUUUAUUCUUCAUAAUUGUCGCAGGUUUACUUUUGUGCUUCAGUUUUCUAAAUAUCAUUUUAUGAUUUGGAGUUUCUCAUUUUUUUCAACAAAAUAUUAUCUCAUCCAAAACGUUUGUUGCCAUUUCUUUUAUGGUACAUAGCUCACUCUUGCUUCGGUUCUUAGUGUUAGGAUAAUUGAACAUUGAUUUAUUUUUUUUUGUGACAGUUGAGUUGAAGAAGCAAAGUUCAUGCUCUGUGCAACUCAUCAAUAAUUCCAUUCACUAUGUUGCUUUUAAGGUGAGAUCUCAAAGUUCAUGCUCUAUGCAACUCAUCAAUAAUUCCAUCACUAUGUUGCUUUUAAGGUGAGAUCUCUGAUGCUCAUUAGGAGGCAUGCCCCAAUUGAUUGUAAGUUAUUUAGAGUAAAAUAUGUUUCUCUCAAUAUUUUAGAUUUCCAACGCUUAUUUAUUGUCUGCCGUGAUUCGUCCGACUAAAGAAUUGAAUGGCUUUAUUACACCUUGAAAGCCAAUAAAUGGUGCAAAAAUAUGGGAAACCAUUUAAAAAUCUAUUAUUUCGCAACAAAAUCCUUUUUUAUGUGGUUCGCAGGAUUUUCCACUCUUUAUUUAGAGUAAAUGGCAUUUUUUAAAUUUUGGUUUCAUUCUGUUUUCAUUUACGUAUCAAAUGUCGUGAGGAUUGGUUUUCUCAGAUUAUUCAGUUCAAGGCAUAAUUACUGUUUUUUUAAUCAAGUGGAAUUCCAGUUCCCCGUUUAUAUGGGUAUUAGCAAACAACUUAUUUGGAGAAAGCCAUGACCUAUCUUGCACCCAAUGUACUCCACAUCAUGUAGGCCGUGAACCCGUCUUUACAGACCCAACUCAGAAUCUGACCCCAUUCGACCUGCGCCUCUGGUUCGCACAAAUCAUGAGUUUAAUGAGUGAAGAAAUUGCAAGUGCUGUUGAUUUUACAAACAGGACCCUGAUCCAUUUGAUCUGCCCUGCUGGUUGACGCAAACCGUGAUUUUAAUAAACGAGGAAUUGCAGAAGCUCUUCAAUAUUGCAUGUGAUUAUCUCCAUAUUGCAAUGCCCAUUCGGCAUUCUCUUUUGCUUUUGGGGAAAUGAUAAUCGGAAUACUUUAGUGCCAGCUUCUUACGGCUCCUUUGAAAACCGUCUGUGGACUUUUAUCUCCAUCUCAACUUCUUCGUCUCUGUUCAUAUUGUCGACAGGUUAAAACUACAGCCCCAAAGAAGUAUUGUGUAAGACCAAACGUAGGCAUUGCUUUACCCAAUACAACUUGUGACUUUACAGGUAAAGGUCAUAACUGUACGACUUUACAUUGAUGUAUAUGCGCGUUAACAUGUUUGUAUUGACCACAACAAGGAUGAGUUACUGGGACUAGGAAACCAAAUUUCUAGGUUAUUUCCGAAUAUUCUUUUCUCCGUGUGAUCUCUUGACACUGUUCCUAAAAUCAGCUCCAUCUUUCUUUCAUUAGUUUACGAACUGCAUCCAAUUUAAAUGUAGUUACAAUGCAAGCGCAAAAGGUAGCUCCCUCUGACUUGCAAUGCAAAGACAAGUUCCUUGUUCAAAGCACGAUUGUUCCAUAUGGAACCAUGGAGGAGGGCCUUCAGCCAAAUCUGGUAUGCCCGGCCGUCACUACUACAGUUACACUUCUCAAGAGUUGGGGCUUCUUUUCAUUUUUCUUUUACUGUUUUGGCAGUUCUCAAAGGACAGUGGGAACUAUAUCGAAGAAAUCAAGCUGCGAGUAGUCCUUGUCAGUGCCCCACAUUCUCCAGUGUUGCAGCCCAUUAAUGGAUCUCUGCAUCAGGAUCCUCCUCCCUCCACAGCUCCUGUUUUGGAUGGAAACCAUGCUCCGAAAGAGCCUCCUGUCUUUAAAGAGCCUUCUUUUCCUAAGGAGACUCCACCAAAAGAUCAAGUGCUGAGUGGCGUACAAAACCUUUACACUUCCAGGGUAAUUGUUUUCAUGAAGAUUAUACGCCUGCAAAUGUCACAUUAGUGGCUUGAAAUUCCGUGAGCCUAGAAAAUAUGCUGCAAAAAACAUAUUAUCUCAUUUUUUUCCUCUCUUUUUCUAGGUAUCCGAGGAUAUUUCUGUGGAGAAAAUUAUAGCCGCAAGAGUUGGCCGUUUGGAAUCCAAAUUCAAUGAGGUCAGUAAGCUUUCUGUAACUCAACCACAUAUCACUACCACCAUCAUCAUAGUACCUUCAUUAGUCGUAUCAUAAGGUUGUAUACUAUCAGUGCGUUGGUUUAGGCCUUGAGAAUAACCAAAAAUCUAAGGGAGAACCAAUGACCUCUAUAAUCUUUUCACCAUUUGGUGGCUAAAAAUAGCUCGAUGAAGAUUCUGUGAUACCUUAUCUUGCCUGUUUUUGCCAGGUGGCCAAGGUUGAUGAUCAUGAGAACAUAGCAGCAGCGAACGCUGCCCAUCUGGAAUCCAAACUCAAAGAGGUACCAAAACUUUUUUGGUCAUCACUGCCACAACGAUCAUUUUGUUUUUGGUUAUCAAUAGCAUACCGAGUGCCCUUUAUUUUGUUAAAUGAUGCACCUUUUAGCUGUUUCUGAAGAUCUGAAUGUGUCUUUUUGGUGUCUAUUAUACGUAAUAAUUUAUGUAAAAACCUAUAAUCAUAGAGGCUUAACCUCAUCCUCUGUCCUUUUCUUUUUUUUUUUCUCUGUACCAAAAUCUUGUACCUCAAUUACUUUGUUCUUGCCCGUUAGUCAACUCUCAACGUAGCUCUCGUCUUUGCCGUCAUCUCUUCGCACUAUGAGUUAAUGCUAAUAUAUCGAUGAUUUGUCGCUGAAAUGCUCCAUAGAUUCUCACCCACAGGCAUAGGUUGACUGAUAUCAUGGUCUCCUUUGCAGGCCGAGCAGAUAAUCGCAAGGCUGUCAGAAGAGCAUGCUUCCACGUCCCAAGAGAAGUCCAGGCUGCAGCAAGAAGUUGUGAGUGUUGGACUAACCGAUAAACCCCGUUGAUCUCGUUCGUUAUCUGUGGCAUAAUCUGCUGCUUCCUGUAGGUGUUGCUGAGGAGGAGGGCCGCUGCCAAAGGUCAAGUGGGCUUCCCCUUCCUGUUCGUCUGCUUCGUGACCACGGUCGCUUUCAUUGUAGGGUACCUGCUCCACUCAUGA